UUGGUUAGGCGAGACUGUGGCCGUCAAACAAAUUCGUUAUGAUGACGAGAAAUGUAAGAAGGACGUAGAUAAAGAAGUUGAAUUCUUAUCAAGUGUUAGCCAUGAUAACAUUAUAAAAUUAUAUGGCAUUAGCCAUGACUCUAGCCCACUUGAGAAAAGAAUGCAUUUAAUAAUGGAAUACGCUGAAAAUGGUUCGUUAGACGCUUAUAUUCAUACUAGUGGCCUGGUUUUAAAAUUUGAAAAUUUACUCAAUUUAAUGCGUCAGUGUGUAAAGGGCUUAGCUUAUUUGCAUGGAAGGGAUCCAAUAAUUAUGCACCGAGAUGUGAAGCCUGCAAAUAUGGUACUCACCAGUAACUAUCGCAAAUUAAAGAUCUGUGAUUUCGGUUUGGUUAAGUCAGUAGCUUCAACAAAUACUGUAAAUAUCGGUUCAGCAGUAUAUACAGCACCGGAAAUAUAUAACACCAAAAAAUACGAUGAAAUGUGCGAUGUCUACAGCUUUGGUGUUAUGUUCUGGGAGGUGAUGUCUCAGAGAAAACCUUUUGAAAACUGCACAUUCGAACAUUUAAUGAACCAAGUUCUUAUACAAAAAGAGCGACCAGAUAUUAAUGCAGUCAAGAACUCUGAAAUAUCUGAACAAAUAAAAGAAAUUAUAGAGCUCUGCUGGCAAGAGAACUCUGACGCACGGCCCUCGAUGAAAGCAUUGGAGGAUAAGCUCAACACUUACUUAAGCCAUUUUAAGUUGGAGAAAGGAUUAGCUUAUUUGCAUGGAAGUGAACCAAUAAUUAUGCACCGAGAUGUGAAGCCGGCAAAUAUGGUACUGACCAGUAACUAUCGCAAAUUAAAGAUCUGUGAUUUCGGUUUGGUUAAGUCAAUAGCUUCAAAAAAUACUGAAAAUAUCGGUUCAGCAGCAUAUACAGCACCGGAAAUAUAUAAAGUGAGUAUUCAAGUUUGUUAA